AUGGCGAACCCUCGAGAUGUGAUCGCUGAUGCCUUUGGGAAGCUCAAACGCUCGAUAUCUGAGGAAGAUGCCCACAAGUUUGCGUCGACCGAGUUGAAAGAUGUAUGGGUGGCUGUUCGCGAGAUCGAUAGCAGACAGAGGAGGCGGCUAUCAGCCCAGAAUAUGGCUCGCAUCGAACCUAUGUUGAGAGGAAUCGAGAAGUAUACCAAGAUUAUUGAGGUGUUAUGUAACGGAACCCCCUACUUACCAUAUGUGUGGGCCCCGAUCAAGUUGAUGCUUGAGAUUGCAAGUCACUAUCGGGAUGUCUUUGAAGCACUUCUUGCAGCGUAUGCCGAUAUAGGCGACGCUCUACCACGAUUUGACCGUUACAGGGAGACUUUCGCCAAUAAUCUCGAAUUUCAGCACGUCCUUGCUUCAGUAUAUACUACAAUCCUGGAUUUUCAUCAACGCGCAUACAAAUUCUUUCGACGGAGAGCAUGGCAUAUUAUUUUUCUCUCCCUCUGGAAGGACUUCGGAAGUCGGUUCGACAACAUCAUCAAGUCGUUGAAGAAACAGAGAGAUUUCGUCGACAUCGAGGCUGCUUCUUUCGACAUCGUAGAAGGGAAAGAGUCCCGCACCAGAAUUCAAGAUGACAUUCGACAGAGGCAAGAACGAGAAUCAGAAAUCCUAGAGGGAAACGAAAAGAGCGCAAGAAUCUCUCAGUUACAGCACUGUCACGCGUGGCUCUCUAUGGAUGAUAAAAUCCAGGAGGCCGUGUACGAAAGAACAUCAAACAGACGGCAUGAUAAAACCUGCGAGUGGAUCGCGAACGAGCCGCAAUUAAAGAGUUGGAUUAAGGAUGAUGCGCGACGACCUAUCAUGUGUUCAUACAUUGUUCAAACGCUUACGAAAACACCGGGUCUAACUGUCUGCUACUACUUUUGCAAUAGUCAAGACACUGGCAACGUGUGUCACCAGAUCCUGACAACCAUCGUAGUUCAAAUUCUGAGACAGCAUCGUGAUAUUUGCACACUUAUCGCUAACGAAUUUGUCUAUAACGGGGCAAGUUGUGGGAUGGCUCAGCUCAGAAUUCUUGUUCCGCAGCUUCUCGAGAUAACCUCUUACACAAGAAUCGUUAUUGACGGGAUCGACGAAUGUUCAAAAGAAAAUCAGAAAGCAAUCUUAAAAGAACUUGAGGUUCUUUGUGCAGGUUUAGUAACACCGUGUAAGGUUCUCUACUCAAGUCGAAGAGAGGUGCAUAUCUACAAGAAGCUUUCUGAGCAGCCUCGAAUCUCACUGGACGGCCGGCAGGAAGUAGACUGGGAUAUCCGGUCUUUCUUGAAAUACAAGAUAACGAGACUCUGCACAUCUGAUCAAGAUCUAUUGGGCAGAAUUGAAUCGAUAUUGAUGGAAAGAGCAAAUGUAGGCAUGUUCUUGUGGGUUCGAUUAGUAGUCGACGAGCUCAAAUAUUGUUACAGCGAUGCAGCUUUGGAGGAAACGGCCUCGAGACUACCAAAGGGUCUCAAAGCAGCGUACGGACGUAUUCUCGACAGGAUCAUGGACCCUAACAUCCCGUGGAAUGCAAGACACAUGGCACUUAGAAUUCUGGGGUGGAUGGCUUGUUCCUAUAGGAUAUUAAAGAGCUACGAGCUCCUCGAUGGUAUUGCCUUUGACCCUUCAAAUACUACCCUGACACCCAAGACGAAAGUUCGAAAAGACAUACUGGAUCUUUGCCGGCCUCUUAUCGAAGAGGGUCCUGCUGGCACUGUCGAUUUUGUACACUUUUCAGCAAAAGAGUAUAUUCUUGAAGAAGACUAUCAAGCUGAGCGCCCCUUUAUAUGGCGUGAGAAUGCACAUUUGGAUAUUUCCUUCUCUUGUGUGACAUUUCUAAAUUCCUGCGUCUCAUUACUACCAGCACAUUCAACAGAAGCUCAAAGAGCAGCCAUUAUCGCUCGCGGUUUUCACGGCCUCCUAAUUUACGCCGAUAUGUUCUGGUACAAGCAUCUUCUGACAUAUUGCUCAUUUCUGAGUCAGCACAAAGAACGACAAUUCUCCACAGAACUCCUAGCUCAACUUCACCUUUUGAUGAGAUUUAGCAAAGAUAAUCAAGUACUACUUUCAGGAUCUAAUAUCACAGCGGGGAAGGACGGGACUACAGACCCUACUCUCGAGCCAUUGAAUCAGAUGCCGGGUGUCAAGAGACUAGUCUCGGAUAUCCUCGUGUUCCGAGCCAAGAUGGCCCGAGAGAAUGGUUCUGAUAAGUCCGCCGAAAUGAUUUCUUCAGGCUCGUGUGAUAUGGAUCCAACACACUUCGGCGCCGUCCGUCACUAUUAUCAACACGCGGCUGAGCUUUUAUUAGAUGGCAUGGCUGAGGUGACCUAUCCCGAGAUCAACGAGAAGGACCUUCGAUCUUUCCGAGAAACAUAUGGAGCCUCGGCUUAUGUAUGCCGAUUUUUACAUUGUGUCUUCAGCUCCGACGGCUUUGAAUCUUCCUCGCAGCGAGCCAGGCAUGAGUCCCAACAUCAGCGACACUUUCGAUGCGCACAUUCCUCAUGUGUCCAUUUCGCGAGGGGAUUCGUUUCUCGAAACCUUCUAAACAAGCACAAUGAGAAUUACCAUCCAGUUAUUGUGGAGGGCCCCAGCCUUGCGGAAAGUCUUGCACCCCCUCCCGCCGUGGAAAGGCCAGCGCAAGGUGCAACUGAAAUAAUCCAGCAAGGCAUAGAAUUUCCUCAGACACGAGCAAUGCCCCGUCCAUCAGCGCCGGCAACUGGUCUAGCUGCCAAUAUUGGUGUGGUCUCGCAGCCAGACUCCUUACAGGUUGGUGGCCUGGAUGUACUCAUGGAUUUCGAUUUCGACACUUUCUUACACCAAGGGGCGGAAGACAACUUCAACUUCGAUGCGUCUGCUUUCCUGGACGGAAACACAAUCGGAGCAGAAUGA